AUGCAGCCAUUGGCGGCGACGAGGUCGAGCCCCGCUAUCGUUCGUGGUAUCGAUAACCUGCCGCACAAAAAAUUCUCGAUAACCGGCAACUGGGGCCAUACUCCGUCCGUAUCGACCAACCCGUUGACCAACCUGGCGUCCCUACCCUUCCGGUUCAAGGCAGGCGGCGAGAGCAAGAUGCCUGCCGCGGUUGCGCACUCGCACCGCCCGACCACCAAGGUGACGCACAAGCCGUUCAAAUCGAAGACAGCGUCCAAGCACGAGCUGAGGGAUCGUGCCAAAGGCAAGGUUCCCGAUGAGCGGGGCCUGAGAAAGACGCCUCACCAGCAGGUCAUGUCCAAGUUCGACCGCCGCAACCGAGGCAAGCAGGCUCGCCUGGCAAAGCACAGGGAGCACCUCAAAGACAACUCCAUCUUCUCCGGCCGAGAUGCGGCCCCUCGGGUCGUCGCCGUCGUCCCCCUCUGCGCCGACGGUGAUGCCCAGGCCGCCAUUCGACACCUCAAUGGCAGCCUCGACAUCGAUGCUCAAGUGCACCAUGGCAACACGCGGGUCUCCAUCGACCGCUUCAAGCAGCAACUCCAAUACAUACCCCUCAAGCGCGACCUCAGCGCCUGCCUCGACGCCACCCGGGUCGCCGAUUUCGUCGUCGUCAUCCUCUCGGCUAACGAAGAGGUCGACUCCCUCGGCGAGUUGAUCCUCCGAGGCAUCGAGAGCCAGGGCAUGUCGACUCUCUUCACCACCGUCGACGGCCUCGAAAAAAUGGAGACGGCCAAGCAGAAGCAGGGCGUUCUGAGCUCCUUGAAAUCCUUCAUCACCCAUUUCCACCCCGAACAGGAGAAGCUGUUCAGCCUCGAGAACCGACAAGAGUGCACCAACCUGCUGCGUUCCCUCUGCAACACCACACCAAAGGGCAUCAGGUGGAGAGAUGACAGGACGUGGAUGCUGGCGGAGAGCGUCCAGUUUGCCCACCACGAUUCCGACCCCACCAUCAUCACCGGCGUCGUUCGCGGCCGGGGGCUCAAGGCCGAUCGUCUCGUUCAAGUCGGCGAUUGGGGAACGUACCAAAUCGAGAAGAUCGUCGCUGCUCCGCUCCCCAAGCACGGCAAGAAGAACGACAACGCCGCGGUCGAGGAGGAGUCCGACAAGGUGCUGGACGAGCCGACGGACGAUCGGGACGACCUCGACGAGCUUGCUCCCGACGACAUCGCCAUGAACGAAGAGGAUGACGGCGAGGAUGCCAUGUCGACCGUCACGUCGACGAAGAAGGGCGUUCUCCUCGACGACCACCACUAUUUCACCGACGAGGAAGAGGAAGCGAGGAAGGUCCAGAAGCGAGUGCCCAAGGGCACCUCCAACUACCAGGCGGCAUGGUACCUCGAGGAUGUCUCCGACUCCGGCUCGGACAUGGAGGACGUCGAGAUGGCCGACGACAAGGACGAGGACGAGGAGAUUGGCGCCGAAGACGGCAUCGAGGGCUACGCCCAACCCGAGCCGACCGAGGCUGGCCCGUCGGAAUAUCCGCAGUCGGAGAUGAUGGAAGAGCUGGGCGAGGCCGACGAUGCCGAGCAACUUGCCCAGUUCCGUUCCCGGAAGCGAGACGAGGUCGAGGACGACAAGGAGUUCCCCGACGAGAUCGAGCUGCAUCCCCAGGUCCUCGCCCGCGAGCGCCUCGCCCGCUAUCGUGGUUUGAAAAGCCUUCGGACGAGUCCCUGGCAAGAGGACGAGGACCGUGCGCACGAACCGGAGGACUGGAGGCGCCUGCUGCGCAUUCCCGACUACGCUGCCUCGCGGUCAAAGUCGAUGCGAGAGGCCCUCGUCGGCGGGGUGGCGCCGGGCACCCGGGUCCAUGUCUACGUCAGGGGCAUUCCCGCCGCCACGGAGAAGUCGUACGACGCCAGCCGCCCCGUCACCCUGUUCUCUCUCCUGCGGCACGAGAACAAGAAGACGGUGGUCAACUACCUCAUCAACCUGAGCAAAGACUAUGCCAAGUCGGUCAAGUCGAAGGAGGAGCUCAUCGCCCAGUGCGGCCCGAGGCGGUUCGUCAUCAAGCCCAUCUUCUCGCAGUCCGGCUCGACGCCGAACGACGUCCACAAAUUCUGCCGAUACCUGCAUCCCGGUGCAUCGGCCAUUGCCGCAUUCGUCGGCCCCGUCACCUGGGGAUCCGUCCCCGUCGUGUUUUUCAAGCGAACGACGGCUGGCGCCGCGGUCGAGGGCCAGGAGGAGCCGGAUCUCGGCCUCACUCUCGUCGGCACCGGCACGGCCCUGCCGCCCUCGACGUCGAGGGUCGUUGCCAAGAGAGUCAUUCUCACGGGACACCCCUACCACAUCCACAAGAGGAUCGUCACGGUCCGGUACAUGUUCUUCAGCCGCGAGGACGUCGAGUGGUUCAAGGCGAUGCCGCUGUGGACUCGGAGGGGCCGCAGCGGUUACGUCAAGGAGCCGCUAGGGACGCACGGCUACUUCAAGGCGACGUUUGACGGCCGCAUCAACCCGCAGGACGCCGUCGGCGUCAGCCUGUACAAGCGCGUGUGGCCCCGAAACGCGACCCCGGUCCGGGGUCAGCUACUGGAAGCGAAUGAGCACGAGAGGCAACACGAGGGCGGGGACGUCAUGAUGGCAUGA